CACACACACACACACACACACCCCUCCUCUUACACUGUCCCUCUUGCUCUUUCUCUGUCCUGCAUUUUUACACACACAGCUCUUUAAAACCUCCUCCAUGGGCCCACUCAUGGUCAGAACUGCAAAGAGCAUUUGUCCUGGAGAGACUGGGGGAUCUGGACUUUUGUUUUCCUUAAAGGGCACCAGAUGAAUCCCACCUAGAACUAAAUGGAAGCAUAGGACAGAAGCAUCUGACGUUUGGCUACACAGGUACCACUUUACUGCAAUGGAUAGACCUUCUGUUCAUGACGUGUUUAAGCUGGACAUGGGCUCAGCUCAGCCCAGCACCAGGGGACAGUGGUCAAGCAAAACAGAGUUUGUCUUGGCUGUUGCGGGGCAAAUCAUCGGCCUAGGAAAUGUGUGGAGGUUUCCAUAUUUGUGCUAUAAAAAUGGAGGAGGUGUUUUCUUCAUCCCUUAUAUCCUCUUCCUCUUUACCUGUGGUAUCCCUCUGUUUCUUCUGGAGACGUCUCUAGGGCAGUACACCCAACAGGGAAGCAUCACAUGUUGGAAAAAAAUUUGUCCCCUUUUUGAAGGGAUGGGUUAUGGCAGCCAGGUGGUUGUUUUAUAUUCCAGUAUCUAUUACAUCAUCAUAUUGGCCUGGGCGUUCCUAUAUCUCUUCUCAUCUUUUAGCUCUGAACUCCCCUGGGCGAGCUGCAGAAACAGUUGGAACACAGAAACCUGUGUGGAGUUUGACCGAUUGGGUCAUUCUUACAACCUGACAGUAGAUGGAAAUGCAACAUCACCAGUCAGAGAAUUUUGGGAGCGACGAAUUCUGAAUGUGACGGGAAAUGUCGAAGAGUUAGGAGGGAUGCGGUGGGAGCUGGUUUUGUGUCUUCUGCUGUCUUGGGUCAUCUGUUACUUUUGUGUCUGGCAAGGAGUUAAAUCCACUGGGAAAGUGGUUUAUUUCACAGCCACAUUUCCGUAUGUCAUGCUCGCAGCAUUGCUUGUUCGUGGACUCACUUUGCCUGGGGCCUUAGAUGGGAUCAAGUUUUACCUCUACCCAGACCCAUCCCGCCUCAGUGAUCCCCAGGUGUGGAUGGACGCUGGCACACAGAUAUUCUAUUCCUAUGCUAUUUGCAUUGGGUGUCUAAUGGCACUGGGCAGUUAUAAUAAAUACAACAACAACUGUUACAAGGAUUGUGUGUACUUAUGUCUUCUGAACAGUGGAACUAGUUUUGUGGCUGGUUUUGCAAUUUUCUCUGCUCUUGGCUUCAUGGCAUAUGAGCAAAACACAGACAUAUCAAAUGUGGCUGAAUCAGGUCCUGGUUUGGCAUUCAUCGCUUAUCCUCGAGCAGUUGCCAUGAUGCCAUUUCCACAGCUCUGGGCAGUUUUCUUUUUCGUUAUGAUCAUCCUGCUGGGAUUGGACAGUGAGUUUGUAGGUCUAGAAGCUAUCGCAACAGCCAUUUCUGACCUGAAUCCAUCCUUCUUCCAUGUCGGUCAUCGGCGUAAACUCCUUCUUCUUGCUAUCAGUGUUGGCAGUUUUUUUAUUGGCCUUGUGAUGGUUACAGAAGGUGGACUGUACAUCUUCCAGUUGUUUGAUUACUACGCCUGCAGUGGGAUGACUCUGCUCCUGUUUGCUAUGCUCCAGUCUGGGUGCAUAGGAUGGGUAUAUGGUGCAGACCGUUUUUAUGACAACAUAGAGGACAUGAUCGGAUACAGGCCUUUACCCAUCAUAAAGUACUGUCUCAAAUAUGUCACUCCAGUUAUCUGCUUGGGAACAUUUAUUUUCUCCUUGGUCAAAUACACUCCAUUGAAGUUCAACAACACUAUUGAAUACCCAUGGUGGGGUUACGCCCUCGGCUGGUGGUUCACUCUCUCCUCUACGCUCAUAGUUCCUCUCUUGAUGAUCUACAAAAUGAGCGUCACCCCCGGCACCCUGCGACAGAGGAUCUCCACCUUGUGUACUCCAGCUGAGGACCUUCCUUUAACCAAGGCAGAGAAGAAGGCUCUUGAUUUGCUUGACUUGCCCUCAUCUGCUGGUAGCAGGUUACCUGAGAACGUGCCUUACUGAUACUGGUUAGCUUCUCUACACUCAGAGGAAGAAGAAAGAAGCUUGUCCUCUUUCUGGGGUGGUAGAUCAGCAUUAGGAGACAUCUUGCUUGCUGUGAUCAUUCCCUCUGUUCAUAGUGACCAUUAAAUGAUCCACUAAAAACUGCUGGAAAGGAAAUCCACAGUUUUUAAUCCUUGAAAAUUACAUCCAACUUUUUUAUAGUAGAGAAUUUUCUAUUUUGCGAUAUCCAGAAUGUUACAGUGAAAGAAUAGUAACAUAAGUAUAAAUGGAGAUUAUUGAGAAGUCCAGUUAAUAGGAUUAUUGAAGCCAGAGUGGAAAAUGUGCCUAUAUUUUAUGUAUUGUUUUAUGACACACUUGAAACAGUUGUAGAAAUAGUUUCAGAUUUGUUCCAGUGUCACUCCUUGAAGCUGCAGAGCUUUAAUGUUGACUCAGACUAAAUAUAUGGCAGUGAUCUAAACUCUUCAGACUACACUCAGCAAGCUUUUUAGAGCUGGUCUUCAUACAACAAACAUCUGGUUUAGGUGUUUGUCAGAGACUGGACCUUUAAACAUAGACUAUCUGCAUUUCGCACUUGUGAUAAAUGACUAAAACAUCUGUGUUUAGUGUGAUGUGAUGUGCUAAAGGUGUUUUGCCCCUGCUGAGAUGCCGUAGUUAUCGGAGCACAUGCAGUGUUGCAGACUACCUGUUGAAAGGCAUUAAUGGUAUAUCUUAAGUUCCGUAUAUAAAGUUAUUCCUUCAAGUAAGUACGGUCUGGUUUAUGAAGAACCCACUACACAAAUAUUACAAUUAGAACAUUUUAUAUUUACUGUUUGUGUGAAUGAACAAUAAUAUGAGAACUUUGAAUUUGUCACUUUAUGUCACCAGUGUACUGUAAGUUUGACAAUAAUGUUUGCCAAAUAAGUUACAGAGUGAACACUUCAGCCACUUUAGGUCAUUGUAAGUGGAAAAAGGAGUCCUUAAAAAUGAAAUUGUAUGUUGUAUAACUCAGUAAAGGUCGAUAGACAAAUAUCAGAGUCAGAUGUUGGACAGUGUGUACACCUUCAAUGAAUGAGCCAUAAUGUCCCAACACCGCUGUAAAAGUAAAUAAACAAAUAAAACCAUAGUGCUCACAGACAACACUAAUUAUUCAGCAUAUUUCUGAUUUUGGUGUAAAGUUUAAUAAAAUGUUCCUGCCUUUGUCAGUAAAUGGAAUUUGAUCAAAGUACCACCAAAUGUUCAGAGAAACAGUGUAAACAUAAGAGUAGACUGCAACAGUCCAAUUUAUGUUUAACCGGUUUAUAAAGAUUGCAUUUUAAACUGUAGUUCUGACUUGUUAGAUUCCUAUUUUUAUACAGAACAAGCUGUUUUACUCUUUUAUCAUGUUUGCAGGCUGAGGAUUUAUAUAUCAUUAGGGUUCAAAUCCUUUUUCUUUUUUUCUUUUUGUUUUUGUGCCUGUCUUUGUUCAGUUCAUUUUGAGUUGGAAAUUGAAAUGUGAAACCUGGCAUCAUUACUAUAAAUGAUGGUAAAUGCUUUUUGAAAAAUAAGCCAAAAAAAGGAAUUUUGUUAAUGAGCCAUUUGUGCAUCAAAAAUCAGAUGAGUGCACCAUUGAUAUUCAGACUUUAGUAUUAAAUCAAGCAAAGCAAGAAUUUGGCCACAAGAUAAAUCUCCAGAGAGGACUGACACUGAGUGUAGCAAACAAAAUGUUUCAUUUAUAGUAUUUAUAAUAUCCAUGAAAGCUAUUUACUGUUGAUUAAUAUGAUUUUAUUAAUCAUAGUGAGCAUAUUUUUAGUAGUGUAAAAAUAUUCAUUGACACUCUAAAUAAAAAUUUGACAGAAUAAUGAAAGUAACUGUGUUGUUUUGAAUACAUCAUUACACAUUUGUGACUUCAACACAGUCCAACACAAUUCAUGACCAUUUUCUCCUUAUUAAACACACUUAAACUAGUUGAAGUGACUUUGGUUGGCUUUCUCUUUUGCUCAUUGAUGCAAAUUUUUGAGCAGUUAAAGAGAUUUUUUUCCUUUGAGCACAAGAAUUUGAGAAUUGCCACAGGCGGAUAUAUUUUUGUAUUUUUUUAAUUGUAUAGUACCAUUGAAAUUUGUGGCAUUUGUUCUGCUGUAAUAAGGAUCAAUUAUUACUUUGUUAUUAAAUAUCUCAAUAUGUAUUUGUUGUAUUAAUGACAGUGUGUAACUGAAAGAAUCAUAACAACAGUAUAGGAUUUUUGAAUAAAAUGUGCAUGAAUAAACAA